AUGGCACCAAGAUUCGAGAGCUCACCGCCGGAAGACGAGGAGAGACCUUUGCUACACGCCGACAAUGUCAGCUUUCAUUCUGCUGAUGCACACGACAGCUCAUCGUCAGAAGGUCAGCAGGUAGCGUUUGGCGACGAGGAUUCAGAAAAUCCGCGGCAAUGGUCCGACAAGCAGAAGCUCACAAACGUCGGCAUUAUCGCGUUAAUGGCAAUCUUGUCGCCUCUUGCGUCGUCAAUGUUCACGCCGGGCAUUUCUCAGAUCGCGAAAGACCUCAAUUGUGGAGAGCAGGAAGUCAUUGCAACGACGACAGGCUUCGUGAUCAUGCUUGGCGUGGGACCUCUGAUACUGGCUCCCUUCAGCGAGACAUUUGGCCGGCGUAUAGUCUACAUUGUCUGCUUUUCGGCGUUCACCCUACUCCAGAUUCCGACAGCACUGAGUCCGAAUAUUGCUACUUUGAUCAGUGUUCGGGCUAUAAGUGGUCUGUUCGGCAGUGUCGGGAUAGCAAACGGUGGUGGUACAAUUAGUGAUAUGUAUCCGUCCUCGCAGCGGGCCGGUAUAUUUGGCUGGUAUCUGCUUGGCCCGCUGCUUGGACCAACAUUGGGACCUCUGUUUGGCGGAGUGAUCGUCACACGUCUCAAUUGGCGAUGGAUAUACUGGGUCUUGCUCAUCAUCUGCUGUAUCAACACCGCCGUCGGUAUCAUCUUUCUCCGCGAGUCAUAUGCUCCGGUCAUCCUAGCCCGCCGUAAGAAGGCCCUGACCGACAAGUUCUUUGCCAGCCAACGACACAGCAAUGGCAAUGGCAGUACCGAGUCCGAUCCGCUGCUCGAUGGAACCCAUGGCGAGAGUGCGCCACCAAAAGAUCCCGGAUUCUGGUACGAAGGCGAAGACCUUCGACCUCUUGGCACCAAGCUUUAUGCUUCUCUUAAACGGCCCGUUGCAAUCUUCAUCCAGCCAAUCGUUUUCACCAUGAGCUUGUAUCAGGCCAUCAUCUUUGGGACAACAUACAGCAUAUACACCAACAUGCAGUCCAUCUUCUCGGAGAAGCCUUACAAGUUCAACUCCGAGCAGAUCGGGCUACUCUACCUCGGUCCUGGGCUGGGCUUCUUGGCCUCGGUCUGGUUUCUUGUACCCAAGAUCGACACCGUCUACAACGCGCUCACCAAGAAGAACAAUGGCGUAUCCAUGCCCGAGUACCGCCUUCCACUCGCCAACAUCGGUGCUGUUCUGAUCCCAAUCACUCUGUUCGGUUUCGCCUGGACCAUUGAGUACAAGCUGCACUUCAUGAUCCCGAUCUCCAUUAGCUUCCUGUAUGGGUUUGGUCAGGUUGUGAUUCUCAACACCGUGCAGAACUACUAUAUCGACAGCUUCGAGAAGUACGCGGCAAGUGCUAUCGCUGGUGGUAGUGUGUUUAGAAGUGUGAUGGGAGGCAUUGUGCCACUAUUCGCGCCGAUGUUGUUCGAAAAGCUUGGGUAUGGCUGGGGCAUCAGUGUGUUCGGCUUUCUCGCUCUGGCAGUUGCGCCUUCGCCAUUAGUGUUCUGGAGAUACGGGCCUGCGUUGAGGGAGCGGUUUAAGCUGAAGGUGUAG